GCGAUUGUCUCCCAUUGGGAACGACGGAAUCUACUAGCUGAACACAUCGUGCGAGGGGAAAACAAGACACUUGAGCCUACUUUGGCUAUUGUGCUUCUAGCUACAUUAGGCUUGACUAACAAACGUGUUGCAUAUUCCCCUUGUACGACGCGUAAAGUGAGUGAAGGCUUCCGGUCGUUUGCGCCGCUAAGAAAUUACAAAACUUGCUCACGCGACGGGGCCUGUAUCUGAUGUCUCCACCACAGCUGGACAACGUCCCCUCGCCAGCGAUUCUCUUCCCAUCGUUUCGAACAGCAUGCUGAAAAUCGCGUUGCUCAGUAUGCUGUAUGCUUACCUCGAAGGGCUUUGCAAGCAAUUUCGCGACAUUGUGUCAGACUUUAAGCUCAUCAGGCCGUUUUUCAAGCCAUCCAUCGCUGCGCCGAAUGAACAGUCUGUACCGCUGAUUCGGGAGAAGUGGUACUAUCCUGCCGACAUCGCCAACGAUCUCAAAGACUCCGACCUUCCACAGCGUGUCAAAGAGGAAGUAUAUGCAUGCGCAUGGGAGUAUGCACGCUGCGUGAUUCCUCAAUACACUAAUUGGAAUCGCUAUGUGGCCUUCAUGCGUGUGAUCGUCAUCGGUAUCGUCGCGGAGUGCAAAGGCGACUUGGUAGAGGUGUCUCUUGGCGACAAUCUUCUGGGCUACAAUCUCACUGCUCUUCUUGACGAACUCUUUCAAGGCACACCGGGACAUGCGGCCAUGGCUCGCGAAUUUCGCUGCUUCCUUCUCAUUACAGCAGACAAAGCAAGCAAACGCCGUGAAGGCUUGUUGUUCAGACGUUACGUUACAGCCCUCGCCAAGUCGCCUCGACAAUGGUUCCGCAUGCGCGACACAGAUGCUUUGAUCCGCUUCACCAUGGGUGCAGCUCUGGUCUGUAACGAUCUCAACGACGUACACUACACCGAAGAACAGUUCGAGGCCUUGGAUGAACUCGGUGCCACUCUCUACGACAGUGUAGCCUUCUACAAACACCGGUCCGAGGGCGAGACAAACUCCACGUUCGCAUACGCACCUUCCGACAUCCGUAUCAAGGCAUUUCACCAGUCUCGUGAGUUACUCUGGGCUCUCGAUGUUGCUUGGGCGGGCAAGCCGGAACAUCUUGUUAUCAUUAACUUCUUGCGCUUUUUCGGUGGCCCUAUACACAUGAUGAUGCGUCGCUACCGAUUCAUCGAAGAUGGAAUGAUGAUCGGCCGGCCUGAGACUAGCACCAUCAUCACACAAGCACGCCAACAGUUCAAGCUCUGGAACCGCGUCGACAUGGAGUAUAGCGAUGCCAAGGACGUCGAGCGCUACAAUCACUUAAUGGCAAGAAGUGAUGAGCUCAUGUUCGACGGCCUUCGUGAGUUCCUCGACGCGAGCAACGAGAAUACCUGUAAGGGUUGUCAGCAUCGUGAGACUCAUGGUGGGCAUACUUCUUUUGCUUUCGGUGGAGUACAGCUAUGCGACGGUUGCAAGGAGUCGUGGGGUGCGUACGUCGAGUCUUUCUCGGCUCGGUUCGCAGAUGUGUUCCCAGAGAUCAAGAACGUGAUGUCAACUUGAGUGGGGUGUUGAGUCGAUCAGACACAAGAAGCACGAAAAUUGGGAGAUAUGGGAACAGAUUCUGUGGUGUUCUGCAGGUACUGCAAUGGGAAUCUUCUUCUUACUCGCUCUCUUUGGAGUCCGGCUUGUCCCACUCUCUACACGACCAAAAGUUUUCGAGGGCAUAUCAUCAACGU